UGCACUAAGGGGCAAUGAUGUCAGAGUAACUUCCGGUUGACGAAGUCGUCUAUGCAUAAAAAUGCAGCGAGAAGUUUUGAUGAUCUAGUCUAUCUUGAGGUUGGCUGGAAUAAUUAAAGAUGUCUGAAAAGCCGAUAAAGAUUGGGACCAGAGUUGAAGUUGUCGGCAAAGGUGUUGUCGGAACGGUGGCAUAUAUUGGAACAACGCUGUUCUCUAGUGGGAAAUGGAUUGGUGUAGUGCUUGAUGAAGCCAAGGGCAAGAACAAUGGCACUGUGCAGGGCAAGACUUACUUCCAGUCUCCUGAGGGACAUGGCAUUUUUGUCCGGCAGUCCCAGAUUACGGCAGUUGAUGACCCAGGCUCUGCUCCUGCCCCUGCCACGCCCGCGGUCAAGACACGCCCCUCCCCUGGUGAUGGGAAGACCCUGGCCAGGAGGUCUGGGCUGCGGCCACCCAGCUAUGUCGGGAAGAGUAGUGAGAGUAUACCAGACUCCACGGCGGCAACCUCCUCCCCUAAGAAAGAGGGGAGUGUACCAAAGGACAAUGGCAACCCUGCUCCAGGUCGGCGAGAGAGUGGCAUCCCCACAUCGCGAUUGCCCCGCACCAGCAAGGAGACAACUCCGGUUGAUGACAAGCCACCUGCUGUUGUCCCCACCCCUGCCAAACAGUCCCCACCAGGGGCCCCCACCCCUGCCAAACAGUCCCCACCAGGGGCCCCCACCCCUGCCAGACAGUCUCCACCCGAGGAGGAGAAGGCAGUUGUGGUUGAGAAGCCAUCUGUAGUGGAGGUCCCCAGAAAGUCACCCUCAAAGCCCGAUCUAAGUGUGAUGACGACGUCAAUCGAUGACAAGAUCUCCAACCUGCAGCAGCAGCAGGAGAUUGAGGGUCUGCAGGCUGAGGUGAAGGACCUCAAUGAGAAGCUGGAAACCCUGCGCUUCAAGAGGACCGAGGACAAGGGCAAGCUGAAGGAGUUUGAGAAGGCCAAGAUACAGCUGCAGCAGCUUCAAGAGUACAAGAUGAAGAUGCAGGAAACAUCAGCUGACCUUCAGCGGCAACUGCAGGCAUCCAAGAAGGAAGUCAAGGACAUUCAAGAGGCCUUUGAGCGAUACAAGGAUGAGAUGGCGGAUGUCUCUGAGACGAUUGAGAUCGCUACGCUGGACAAGGAGAUGGCGGAGGAGAAGGCUGAGACGCUGCAGGUGGAGAUUGACUCGAUGAAGGAGAAGGUUGAGGAACUCACCCUUGACCUUGAACUGCUUCGAGGAGAGAUCAGUGAGAAAGGCACAGAUGGUGUGGCCGCCAGCUACGAGCUGAAACAGCUGGAGCAGCAGAAUGAGAGGCUGAAGGAGGCACUUGUCAAGAUGCGAGACUUGUCCAAUCAGGAGAAGCAUGAUUCCCAGAAGCUGAGUAAGCAGAGUGAGAAACAGACGUCGGAGAUCAUCAACCUGCGGAAGGACAAAGAACGCUUCCAGUCUGAGGCCUCAGAGAUGCAGGAGCAACUCAUUGAACUCAAGGAACAGGUGGAUGCAGCACUUGGAGCCGAGGAGAUGGUGGAGAAACUGACGGAUAGGAAUCUUGAACAGGAGGAGAAGAUCCAGCAGCUCCUCGAGGAAAAUGCUGAUCUGGAGGCGCUGCAUGAGAUGAAUGAGGAGCUGCAGGAGAACACCAGGGAGACGGAGCUGGAGCUGAGGGAAGAGCUUGACCUUACACAGGCCAAGGUCACAGAGACACAAAGGAAACUAGAUGCCACCCAGGAAACAAUGGCUGACUACGAGGCCACCAUCAGCAAGUUCCGGGACUUGGUGUCUCAGUUGCAGGAUGCGAACCGAGAGUUACGCAGCAAACAGCAGGAGUCGGAACACAAAGCAGAAACACCUGCCAUCGAGAUGUUCGACUUCAAGGCCAAGUUUGCUGAAUCGAAGGCUUAUGCUAAGGAUGACAUGGCCAGGAUGAGCACCAAACGGGACCUAUUGUCCUACCAGAAGACUAUUGACAUGGAGUUGAGGAAGCUGGAGGUACAGCAGGCCAACUCCCAUGUCCAGAUGCUCCUGUCCUUCAUGCCCGACUCCUUCAUCAACAGAGGAGGGGAUCAUGAUGCAGUCAAUGUCCUCCUCAUGGUGCCGCGGGUCAUCAACAAGACAGAACUACUGGCGUCGCAGGUGAAAGACAAGUUUGAAAUUGUUGACGCCAUCACCCGAGAUGAUGUGUUGAAGAGCCACAAGGCGGAACAGAACAGCUUCGCCCAUGAGCUGGUGUUGAUGUUGAACACCUUGCAGGGCAACAUGAGACAGUAUGAGAGUGCUCUGAGCAGCUGUAGCACAGAGCUGUUCACCAAGAUCGGAACACUGCUGCCUGAGAUGAUGGCACAUGAGAAGGCGGUCGACUACUUUAUUGACUUGCUGAGGAAGGACCAGCUGGACGAGACCAUUUCCCUGGAGCUGCUGGAGAAGUCCAUCAACUUCUUCCAGCAACUGUACAGUGUGCACCUGGUGAAUGAGAAGAUGGACUGUACGACGCUGCUGUCGGACCAGGUGAAGCAGGUGCUCAGUGCCUGUGACUGCAUCACCACCGACACCAUCCGCCUGAAGAUACUCCUCAUGCCAGGACAGGAGCAGAGUGAGUUCUCCAUCCUACUGCGUGACUUGGAGACAUGCAACAAUGAUGCACGCAUGUGUGCCAGGAAGAUCAAGCGACGACUCCCACAGGAAGGCUCAGCCAUCAUCACGCCGCUCAUGUUUGGAAAAGAGGUCAUAGAGCUGCUGCAGUCAUGCACGAAGAAUGUGUCCCGUGUGGCCAAGUCACUGAUCCACAUCGCCAGUGGUGGCAUGCAGCAGGCGUCAGUCAUGACAGCCGGGAACCUGGAGACAUAUUUGGAUGCUGAGGGUCUUAUGCCCAAGAAACUGGAGGAGCUGGCAUACCAGGCCACAGACCGGGUCUAUGGCAAGGAAGACAAUGGACCCUAUGAGUGUCUGAGGCUCUCAUUCGGUAUUGUGGUUGGGACGAUGAACAAGCUGGCCAACGCCAUGGAGAAUGGCGAGUACGACUUUGAUGGCACCAGGGACAUGACGGUGGUGCCACCAGUCAAGCAGCGUGCUAACAUGGUCAGGUCCCAGAUUGCGGACAUUGAGGUCAUGAAGUUCAAGAUGGAUGCCAAGGAUGAUGAUGUGAAGGAGCUGAAGAAACAGCUGAGACUCAAGCAAGAAGAGCUCAGUGAGCAGCAGGUUCGAGUGGAACUGGUUGAGAAGAAGUUAGAGAAUGCCUCCAAAGACGGCGACAGUCGUGUGGACAAGAUACAGCGGAAACUCGACGAGCUGAACAUCAGCAUGAAGAAGAAGGAGAAGGAGUUUGAGGAGACGAUGGACACCUUGCAGAGUGACAUCGACACCCUGGAGCAGGAGAAGCUCGAGCUGAAGGACAGGCUGAAGGUGCUAUCCAAGAAAACCCUCUUGGAGGGACUCACCAGGCAGUCCUCGGGCCAGACAGGUGCUGCCUUGCCUGGGGGUGGGGUGGAGCUACCCGUCCAGGACUCCCCGAUCCUGCUACAACAGAACAACUGUCUCCGUGAAGCGCUGCGCUUUGUGAAAAGUGAAAACCUACGCCUGAAGGCCUCCAAGAUGAGGAACCAGCUUGCCAGCUUACCCUCACUCCGGAUCCCAAGUAAGCCAAUCGGAAUGGCCAACCAGACCGGUCAUGUUGAUAUUGGUGAUCUCCCCGACAAUGUUCCUGGCAAAAGUGAGCUGUCUAAACUGGCCAGGAAGACAGCAUCACUGCUAGCUGAAGCCAACAAGUUGAGCUGCUGCCCGACUGUCGUGGACAUCACGAAGAGGAAGCCAGGAUCACAGCCUGUGACUGAGAGCAGCAACCCUGCCCGACAGCUUGUGGAGCAGACAGCCUCCCUCACCUCCAUGGAGAGACAGAUACAGGAGGUUCAGGUCCAGGUAACGACUCUGCUGGCAUCGUACAGAACGGGUGGCCAGGUCCGAACAGACUUCUCCACGUUCCCAACACCACAGUUUGCUCGGGUGCUGCAUGAGAAGAGUGGAGACUCCCUGAAGCUAGGAACUAUAACAGUGCCAUUCAAAGGUGGUAAAGGGGAGACAAUCCCGAUCAACGUGUCGCCCGAUCAACUGCGGAGGAUUCAUGGGAAAUUCAUCAGCUAGAACAAAGCUUCCACUCAGGCCACAACAAAGCAUCACACCAGAAAAAACCCCAAACUCAUCUGAAAACAAAAUGCAUUCAAUUUGUAGUAACAGCACGCCAAGAGCUUUCUGUAUGAACAGUUUUAUCUCUGCAGCACCUUUUCUCAUGUACAAACUUGAACUUAAAAGUAACAGCUCUUUGCUUUGUUAAACUGAGCCUUCAGCUCAGGUAGAUGGUUUCGCAAGUAUGACCUGUUGGGAAAAUACCUGUUGGUUUGUUGUGGUCUUAUUGUGCAAUAUUGAAUAUUCGACCAUUAUUUCUAAAUAUUUAUUGUCCUUUAUGUGCUGUGGGUGAUAAGUGCUGGUGUCUUUGGUGAUUGUUAUGAGCAUUAUUAGUUAUGUUUCUUCAACAUAAUCAUGAUAACCAUUGUUACUUCUCUAUUGUUUCUCAACAACAGGGAUGCUUGUCCCCGCAUCAGCUCUGUCAGUCAUAGACCUGGGUCCCGUUUCACAAAGUGAUCGUAGCGCCUCAACUAUCAUAGACUCACGACAGUCAUAGACUUCGGUCAUAUUUCUCAAAGUGAUUGCAGCCACGACUAUCGUAACUCCUGUACUUUAACAUAGACUUACGACAAGUCAUAGAUCUUGACCUGGGUCCCGUUUCACAAAAUGAUCGUGGUGCCAUGACUGUUGUUACUUGUAUACUUUAACAAAGACUUCCGACAGUCAUAGAGGUAUCGUUUCACAAAGUACUUUAACAUAGACUUUCAACAGUCAUAGCACUAUUGUUGCACAAAGUAAUUUAGCAGAUUUAAUACAACAAUUGUACAGCUACGAUCACUUUGUGGGGCCAGGGUGCUGUUGUAGAAAGUGAUCUUAGUGCUAAGGUGAUCGUAACUCCUAUACCUUAACAUAGGCUUAUGACAGUUGUAGGGCUAAAGUUACUUUGUACAACGCUACCCAGAACUGAUAUAUUGUCCUCGAGCUGCAGACGAUGCCAUUGGUCACCGUCCAUGGGUGCUACAUUCUCCUACAAACUAUAUCACCUUGGGCAUAAAAAAAACAUUAUAGUGACCACUGUUUUGAUGUACAAUUUGAAUCCCACUGUGUGGUUCUAGUAUGUUCGGGAUUAUUGAAGGCAGUGGGAUAUAUCCCCCAAGACUUUCGAGGAGGAUGAUCACCCCAUUGUUGACAGGUGACCAAUGUAUUUCGACGAGAUUUAGACUGACUAUUGUAGAAAUCUUCUAAAUUGUACUUAAGCUGUCUGCAGCUGAAUCUACAAUACUGAACUGUGUACCAUUAUCCCUGUGUCCCCUGGCGUAUCUCUUCCUGCAUGUGAUGCAGUGGAGGUUGACGGCAAGCUGUGUCUACCACCUCAUGUAUAGGUGCCACACAACUGUGUUUACAGAGACUGUGCUAGAGCUAUAACCUUGUCAGGGACACCUUCCUGUAUGUACCUCUGCUGCCAUGAUGUAGAAUAUUAUCAAUGUGCUUUAUGACUGCCAGUAAAACACUUGCCUUGAAA